ACAUCGCUGAAUUAAACCGCGUUGUUGGAGGAGGGGUUCGCGGUUCGCAAGUUUUUUAAGCUCUUGUUCAUUUCGUUUCAUUGUUGGGAAAUCCACCCCGAGGGAUUUUAGCUAUCUCAGCUGUAGGUAAAGAGCAAACGCGUUAUCCGCCGACACUGUUUUACACACCGUGAACUACCGAAGCGUGCGUUUCUUUUGUUUGGCCGCACGGUUAGCUGCUGGCUAGCCUGCUAACUUCCGUAACUGCUAACGGUAGCUCGUUUCGUGCUAACAUGUCUGGUCAAGGAGUAGUUCGCGGUCCGGCCGGGAGCAACGACUGUCGGAUAUACGUGGGGAAUCUCCCCCCCGACAUACGCUCAAAGGACGUCGAAGACUUGUUUUACAAAUAUGGAGCCAUUCGUGAUAUCGAUCUGAAGAACCGACGAGGAGGACCCCCGUUUGCCUUCGUGCAGUUCGAGGACCCGAGGGAUUCUGAGGAUGCGGUUUACGGGCGUGAUGGUUACGACUAUGAUGGCUACCGCCUGCGUGUUGAGUUUCCUAGAAGUGGAAGGGGAGGAGGAGGUGGCGGCGGUGGCGGCGACCGUGGUGGCGGUGGCGGUGGAAUGGGACCCCCAAGAACAAGACAUGGUCCCCCCUCCAGACGCUCCGAGUACAGAGUUGUCGUGUCAGGCCUACCUCCUAGUGGAAGCUGGCAGGACCUGAAGGAUCACAUGCGAGAGGCAGGUGAUGUAUGUUAUGCUGAUGUGUACCGCGAUGGCACCAGUUCAGAGGAACAGGAUAGGAUGGGAAGAGAGGAAACAGUUCAUAUUAAGAUAAACAGGAGGAGGAGGAGUCAAAUAUGGCACCAAUGGUAUGAUGGCUGUGCCUUGUCCACUGUGAAAUCUGCAUUAUAAGGCUGUUAAGUUUUUUUUUUUUUUUUUUUUAAACACACUUGACAAUAGAGUGCCAGUGUUCAAUGUUUUCAGUUUAUAUUUGGAGACCCAAAGCUUGUGUUGUCUUUGGUUUUUGGUUUUGCUCAUCUUUUAGUAUCCAAAGUACACCUUUUUUGGGAUUGAUUAUAGAUGGUUUCCCUGUUUUUCUCAAAGUAAACUCCCUCGUAGAUUCAUUUAUUGACAUUUUCUUUAAUUAUUUUCUGAAGGUGUGAUUCUAACUUGCCUCCUUCUCUUUGGUUCUGCUGGUAUUCUGAAGGUUUGGACUGGGCUCAUUGUCUCACCAUUCCGGAGCCGGAUCAGGAUUCAGGAUCAGAUCAGGAUUAGGAUUAGGCUUCAGGAUGGAUACAUGGAGCAGGAGUAUGGGAACAUUUUUACCGAGAGAGGAUCACGAGGAUCCUUGUCCACAUAACCCCACCAAACCGGAAACAUUGUAGUAGAAAUAUUUAAACAAAAUUGGCUUUUAAAUAAUCCAAAUUAAUUUUUUUUUUUUUUCCAUUUUGUGUUGGACGUCAGAGACAAUUUCUGAUGCCACUGCGACAAGUGAUUAUUUUUCGGAUUUUUUUUUUUUAAGUUUAUAAAAAGAAGAGCAAAGCUGGGCUCAAAACCAGGAGGAGGGCUGGGAGGUGCAGGAUGGAUCCACACGCGUAUGGAGAGUGGUAAAUAGUGGGCAACCAUUUACAGUGGAGGAGGGAGGGAGGGAAGAAGGGAGGACUGGGAGGCGACAAGGGAAUGUGACCUUUAAUGUGGUUUAUAUAUAUUUUUUUUUUUUCUUAGGUCAGUCAUUUCCUGAGGAGGAUGAUUUCUGAUUUUUUUUUUUUAAGUAUAAUAUCCACUAUCUCAAAGCUUUAUUCUCUUUUAAUAAAACUUUUAAUAACAUGCGUACAA